AACUUGUUGUCAGACUAAGGGAGAAGCUUUCUGUGGGCCGCCACAACCACAAACCAAGUCUGCCACCGGUCACGGCUCUCUAGGCACUAGAAAACAGCGAGAUAAAGAUAGACGAGGGACUCAAGAGUGAGAGGGGGAGGGAGAAUACGUGUUGAUGUCAGCGUGUGAAUCAGCCAAAUCGCCCGAAAAAAACCACAGCGACUAGUUUGCGCUCUGGCUCUUUUGCACAAGGGUAAGCAUCAGUCAACCACAGGCUGACUGCCGAUCACAAUCUCCCGUGUCUGUGAACCAUGCACAGAAUCCAAGGACAGAACCGCCUGGCUGGACCGGUGCAAGGCGACCAUGGGUUUCAGGGGCAAAGCCGGGAGCCCUUCAAAAUUCGGGAGCAGAUCAAGUUAGAAGCAUUGGAUUCGGACGAAGAGGAGAAGCAGCAGCCGACCACAAUGGCCUCGAACAGCAUCUUCGAAAGUUUCCCGUCCUACCAGUCUUGCUUCUCCAGGGAACCUGUGCCUGGGCGACGCUUCACGCCUCCCUCAACAACCCUGAGCUCGGGGAAGAUGAACGAGGGGUUGCCCCUAGGGGCUCAGGAGAACAGCGGUGCCACCCUGGUGGGCAAACUCCGCAUGGCUGACCGAAGCAUGGUGGAGGUACUUUCCGACCACCCUGGAGAGCUGGUGCGCACCGACAGCCCCAAUUUCCUCUGUUCUGUCCUGCCAACACACUGGCGCUGCAACAAGACGCUGCCCAUUGCCUUCAAGGUAGUUGCCCUUGGUGACAUCCCUGAUGGCACGCUAGUCACAGUGAUGGCCGGCAAUGAUGAGAAUUACUCUGCCGAACUUCGGAAUGCCACAGCUGCCAUCAAGAACCAAGUGGCCCGUUUUAAUGAUCUGCGUUUUGUUGGCCGCAGCGGACGAGGGAAGAGUUUCACUCUCACCAUCACGGUCUUCACAAACCCUCCUCAGGUGGCAACAUACCAGCGAGCCAUCAAGAUUACUGUAGACGGACCCCGCGAACCCCGACGCCACCGACAGAAGCCCGAUGAAGCAGUAAAGCCAGGCGCGUUAGCUUUCUCUGAGCAAUUGAGGCGAAGUGCCAUGCGGUGCAGUCCACACCACGGCCCUGCCCCCAACCCCCGUCCCGCCCUCAGCACUCCCCCCUUCAGCAGUCCCGCCCACAGCCAGAUUUCCGAUUCUAGGCAGAUGCAAACGUCUCCAUCCUGGUCGUACGAGCAGCCGUACCCUUACCUGGGUCCCAUCUCCACCCCAGCGGUUCACCCCACUACACCCAUCUCACCCAGCCGCAGCGCUUUACACUGUCCAGAUCUGACGGCGUUCACUGACCCUCGUGUCAGUCUGGAGCGUUCCUUCCCAUCGCUCCCCUCCCUCCCAGACGGCCGUUUCUCGGACCCACGGGUUCCGUACCCAACCGGAGCGUUCACGUACACACCCACCCCCGUCACCAACGCCAUCGGCAUCGGCAUGUCAGCCAUGGCCAGCCCAGCGGGCCGCUACCACACAUACUUACCCCCAGCAUACCCUGCUGGCUCCUCCCAGGCUCAGGCCGGACCCUUCCAGGCCGGCUCGUCCCCAUAUCACUUGUACUACAGCAGUGCUGCCGGCUCUUACCAGUUCUCCAUGAUGCCAGGCGGAGGAGGAGGGGGCGAGCGCUCGCCGCCGCGCAUCUUACCGCCCUGCACCAAUGCCUCCACAGGCUCUGCCCUCUUGCACCCCUCUCUGCCCAAUCAGAGCGAGGUGGUGGAGGCAGAGGGAAGCCACAGCAGUUCACCAACCAGCAUGUCAGUGGAAGCCGUCUGGAGGCCGUAUUGACGUUUAAAGCAGUCGUUGACUAGUAGGACGAGGGCAGCUGAAUGACUCCAUGGACAGACUUAUGUUUUUCACAGAUCAGCAUGAGACUCAUAUGUUUGUUUUAAAGCUGUGGAUAGUUUGUAUUAUUAUUAUUAAUAAUAUUAUUGCUGUUGUUGUUAUUAUUGUUGUUCUUCUCAUCAUCACUGUGCGAUAUUGUUGAUCAGCUCCACCCGUUUUCAUGUCAAACAGAACUCAACAUGUUACAUCUAAGGUCAGAAACAGACUCUACGCAAGUAUUCAGAUGCAGAUGUGAGGAUUUAGCCCACGUGAUGCAAGCAAUUUAACACAACUCUAGUGUUAACAAAUGCAUAUCGCUAAAGAAUAGAACAAUAUGCAUAUGGUUUAUGCAAAAUGUUUAUUAAUAAAUAAAAUACUAGUAAUGAAUUUUGUGUUUAGAUUUUUUUAUUGUACUCUAAUGAUUGCUUAUGGUUUUAUUUCUGCUUUUGACAAUAAUUCAGUAAUCAGUUAUCAGACACAUAAUACGAAUAAUUAAUAUCAGAAUAUGCUAUAAAUAAAAUUAGGUCUUUUAAGUAUUGGUUAAGUUAUCAGGCACUUAAUAAAAACAAUUAAUAUCAUAUUAGUGGAUCUCUAUAUAUAGAAUUCCUUUCAAGUAAAUGAUAAAAACACGCAAAAUAACUUUUCAGGAAUAUAGUGAUAUUUGCCAUACUUUAAAAUAAUGAUAUACUGUAUAAAUAAGUCUAAUAUUGGUUUAGUUACUAGAUACGUAAUGAAAAAUAAUAUCAGCAAACAAUCUGAAGUUUAUCUGAAUGGUAACUGAAUGUUCACUAAAUUUGCUCAAUUCUCUUCAAAUUUCACCGCAACUCCAGCUGACCAUAGAAGAAGAUGAUUAUACGCUCAUGUCCAUUUGCGAUAUCGCCCUCGUAUUCUGACACAUUUCUGAAUGUAAAAAAUGCAUGAAAUGAAGCUUGUGUUGCUGGAAGAGUUUGUGUUGAACUUGUGUAGAGUCUGUUUGGGAUCUAAUACUUUUAAAUUGGUCUACGGUAUAGAAUCCAAAUGCAGUCUGUUCACGAAUUGUGUGAAUAGAUCAACAAAUGCCCAAUAAGUUCCCAGCCUGCCGUUUCUCUCCCCCUCUAUUGUCGUUCCCGAAGCCAAGGUGAACAAAGCGAAGCCUCUGCUGGCAGCGAUACGCUCUUAAGAGCUUCAACACACUUUUGACUCUUUACAUUUCCAGGUUUACGAGCCUUUGCCCGGUCACUGCCUAUAACAGUCGUCCUCUCCGCAUGGUCUCUGCUAAUGAAAGCUUUCCAACUGAUGCUCUCACGUCACGGUUUGAUGGUCAGCUGGAUGGAAGAUGGGAGAAUCAUGGACCUGAUUUUCUUGUGUAAAUAGAUUGUAAAUGACUCUGGCGGUUAAUGGUAGUUUGUUCACUUCACACACUCGACACGGUUCUCAACCUUUUCAAAUGCAGCUUAAUUUUUUUUCCCCCUUUUUGUCCCUUUUCAACAUUUCUUUGGAAAAUAUAACGCUUUGUUGUGAAGAAACGGCUUAUUUCUAUACCACAUGUACUGUGUUUAUUUGUGUUCAUCCUGCAGAGUUUCGAAUCUCCUAAAAUGAUGGUAUCAUAGUAUUAUUGUUACAGUGGUAUAACAUGGACUUCACAUGCUCCAAA